AUGGUCUUGAAUGUGGCCAGUCUUCUGACCAUAGGUCUCAAAGGCACCUGCGGCAGCUUUUCGUGCCUUGGGUGUGGAAUGUGUGGAAUGCAGUGGGCUGAAAAACAAGUAAAAUUCUGUGCAAAGAAGAAUUUGGGGUUUUUUUUUGCUGAUGUGAUUCUUUCCUAUGCGCAGGUGAAGAAUUUGCGCUCGAUUGUGUCACGAGCUGCAGUCAUUUGUUUGGGGGACUUGUUCAGCCACCUGAAGAGGAGCAUGGAUCUGGAGCUAGAUGGAACAGUAAAAGUCCUUUUGCACAAGGCCGGGGAGUCGAACAGCUUCAUCAGGGAAGAUGUCGACAGAGCAUUGAAGGCCAUGGUGAACAACGUCACGCCCGGCCGGGCUCUCGCUUCUCUCAUCAACGGUGGCCAAAGCCACCUGAACGCUGCCGUGAGAAGGUGCGCCGCCCAGCACCUGUCGGAUGUCGUGGAGCACAUGGGGCCGGGGCGCGUCCUGUCCGGGAUUAAGGACGUCACAGACAAGGUUCUGCCUGCAGUAGCCAAAUUUGUUCAAGACGGCUCACAGGAGACAAGGUACUACGGCCGGAAGAUGCUCUUCGCCUUGAUGACACACGCGGACUUUGAGAGAAUGCUCGAAAAGUACGUGCAGCCGAAGGACGUGCCUUACGUCAAAGAGACGGUCGGAAGCCUGAAGCAGAAGGGCCUGGGAGAAAUGCCGAUCGUCACGCCUUCAGCCAAAGGCAGGCGCUUGCACACCGGCACCGCAGACAGUUCCAGAUCAGCCUCCGUGUCUCGGGACUCGCUCAGUGCUGGUGACAGAGAAGGAUAUGAAAUGACCAGGAAACUGGGCCCCCGAAACACCUUGGAAAGUGCCGAAUACGUGAAGGUCAUAACAGCUUCGCUGAAUGCCAAGGACUUCCGGGAGCGGAUCAGCGCCAUCAGGCAACUGUUAGCAGACACAGAGAGCAACCAAGACCUUGUGGUUGCAAACAUUGUGAAGAUCUUUGAUGCUUUCAAGUCCCGCUUGCACGACUCCAACAGCAAAGUCAACCAGGUGGCCCUGGAGACCAUGCGCCAGCUGAUCCCCCUGCUGAAAGAGAAGCUCUCCCCGGUCAUCAACAUGCUCAUCCCGGCCUUGGUGGACAACAACCUGAACUCCAAGAACCCGGGCAUCUACGCCGCGGCCACCAGCGUCAUCCAGGCCCUUUGCCAGCAUUUAGACAAUUACCUGCUUCUCCAGCAAUUCUGCACAAAAGCCCAGUUCCUGAGUGGAAAAGCCAAACAAGAUGUCACUGAGAUACUAGCCGAGCUGGUGGUCGAGUUGUAUCCCCGGAAGCCUCACGCUGUGGAGCAGAAAGUCCCGGUGGUUUUGUGGCAUCUCUUGGGCAACAUGACCAACAGCGGCUCCUUGCCUGGAGCCACCGGCAACAUCCGGACGGCCACUGCUAAAUUGUCAAAAGCGCUUUUUGCACAAAUGGGUCAGAAUCUGCUCCUGCAGGCUGCCUCCCAGCCCCCGCACAUCAAACGGACCUUGGAGGAGUUCCUUGACCAGGCGACCUGAGGCGCGCCCAGCCGGGGCUGGAUCAGAGACUGGGUUUGCGUGGGGUGGAGCGGAGCGGUCUCGGUGGGGGGGGGGGGGGUUUCCUUUGCAGUGCCUGUGUUGUUCACCCAGAAGCGGACUGUCCUGAACAACCAAUUGAGGAGGGCUUGGCUGUUCCCGGCCCAAGUCCCGCACCUCUACCAAAAUCAGUAUGGCGCUUGUAGCGUCUUCUCUUCCUUGGUGCUGGCCCAGCAACCUGCGGAGUAGGGCAGCGACACACGUCUUGGGAGGCAAAGUCCAGUCCUGCUCGCUUGCACUCUUCCGUGGACUUUGUGGCACGCCUGCCCUGAACAUGCUGACGGAGGUGAAACACUAAAAUAGGAGUAGUUUUAAUCAUGAAAUCAUGUUACGACUCAUCCUCUCAUGUAGCCUUACGCGGAAACACAACAUUCUCGAGACACGUGUGUGACAUGCAGGGUUCUGUGUGACGUUUGUGAACAAAGGUGUCUUUUUUUCCCACUCGGUCCCCCUCAAGACUUCGCAGUGUUAGCUUCACUUCUCCUGCUGUGGGCAAACCACACCCGCUUGACGCUUGGGCAUAAUUAGCUGCAUCCUCUUGUAAAACUUUUCACAGGUCAUAAUGAAGCAUGUUGACCAAAAUUUAUAGAAGACGAAUAAUUUUUACAGAUUUCAAACACGUCUUAAGAAACGUAACGUGUCGAACGUCGCUUUCAUAUUUUUCAGCGUGGAAAAACGAGACUGCAUUUUAUGUCUGUCCAAAAUUUAUACAGGUGUUUAACUUCUCUGCCUUGCUGUGCAAUUCUCAGUGAUAUAAUAGUGCCAGUUCUUCUCUUCUUCCUCAAGUACUGUAUUCAUUUGAAGCAAAGAAUGUUCUGAAAAAAUAAAUGGAUUUAUUUCUGUA